CUCGCCUGAUCAUCGCUUCUGGUCUUAAGAUUUCCCAACACCACCCUAUACACCAUCCCUCGUUUCAACUUUAUUCCAAGCCUGGAAUAUUCCACUCACUCCCUUAUCACACUCUGAUUGAUUAUUAUUGCCCCAUACUUUGUUACUUUCCAGACCUCUCUAUCCCUCCCCCGCCACCCCCCUUCUCCUUGUUCCAACCAUCAUGGAUGUUGUCGCGGCGGUUUCGGGCUACAUCUCCAAGAUGGUCACGGCGGGGGAUUCGUCGUCGACACCAGGAUCGUCAUCAUCGACCAAGAUGAAGAUCUUGCUCCUUGAUAGUGAGACAGUGGGAGAAGCAUUCGAAUAAUACGACAUGCGCCAGUUGGGCUAAUUCCCCUUUCGACAGGUCCCCAUUGUGUCGACUGCCAUCACCCAAUCUGCCCUACUCAAUCAUGAAGUCUACCUGAUCGAUCGACUCGAUAAUGCAGCCCGGGAGAAGAUGCGACAUCUCCGCUGCUUGUGUUUUGUGCGCCCGUCCCCGGGAUCCAUUCAGUUCCUCAUCGAUGAGCUCCGCGAGCCCAAAUAUGGCGAUUAUCAUAUCUACCUUAGCAAUAUUAUCCGUAAAUCAUCUCUGGAACGACUUGCAGAAGCAGAUAGCAAUGAGGUGGUGCGCGCGGUUCAGGAGCAUUUUGCCGACUUCCUAGUCAUCAACCCCGACCUAUGCUCGCUGAACCUUGGAUUUCCCUUGCAGCGGCUAUGGAGCCACUCGCCCGACUUGUGGAAUCCCGAUGCGUUGCAGAGAGCGACUGAAGGAGUGAUUGCGAUGCUGCUUGCCUUGAAGAAAAGUCCGCUUAUUCGAUACGAAAAGAACAGUCUGUUGGCCAAGAAGCUGGCGUCAGAGGUCCGUUACCAGGUGACCCAGGAGGAACAGCUGUUCAAUUUCCGAAAAACAGACACGCCGCCAAUUCUGUUGAUACUGGACCGCCGGGAUGAUCCCAUCACCCCGUUACUCACUCAGUGGACAUACCAGGCAAUGGUUCAUGAAUUGAUGGGUAUUAACAACGGGAGGGUGGACCUUAGCGAAGUCCCCGAAAUCCGGCCUGAGCUUCGAGAGAUCAUCCUCUCGCAGGACCAAGACCCGUUCUUCAAGAAGAACAUGUACCAGAACUUUGGUGAUCUAGGUCAGAACAUCAAGGAGUAUGUAGAGCAGUAUCAGGUCAAGACUCAGAGCAACAUGAACAUUGAGUCGAUUGCGGAUAUGAAACGCUUCGUGGAAGACUACCCCGAGUUCCGCAAGCUCUCCGGUAAUGUCAGCAAGCACGUCACGCUGGUGAGUGAGCUCAGUCGCAGAGUUGGGGAGGAUAAUCUACUCGACGUGAGCGAGCUGGAGCAGAGCUUGGCCUGUAGUGAGAACCAUGCAAACGAUCUCAAGAAUUUGCAAAGACUCAUCCAACUACCUACAGUUCCUGCAGACAACAAAAUACGCUUGGUAACCCUGUACGCUAUCCGAUACGAGAAACAACCUUCAAAUGCCCUUCCGAUCUUGCUUGAUUUAUUGGUAACUGCGGGUAAUAUUCCCUCUCACCGGGUUAAUACCAUCCCCAAACUUCUCGCCUACCACCAUUCUCUCCAAGCCCCUCCGGUCGCAGGGGGUUUCUCUGACCUGUUCGAAUCAACCUCUUUCUUUUCUGGCGCGCGGGACCGCUUCAAGGGUUUGAAGGGAGUUGAGAAUGUCUAUACCCAACACUCACCACGAUUGGAAGUGACUCUGCAAAAUUUGAUCAAGGGGAAGUUGAAGGAACUACAAUAUCCAUUCCUAGAAGGCGGCGGCCACAUUAGGGAUAAGCCCCAGGACAUCAUCAUCUUUAUGGUCGGCGGAGUGACCUACGAAGAGGCCAAGAUGGUGGCACAGGUCAACGCGAGCUCUCCUGGAGUGCGGGUGGUUUUGGGCAGCACCUCUAUCCAUAACAGCACCACAUUCUUGGAAGAGGUUGAUGAUGUUGUAAGCAGCUGGCCGGAACCUGGCCCUUCAACAGCUGCUGGACGGCUACGAAGGGAGAUGGGACGAUAAAAAAAAAAUACUAUAAUUUUUCGUUUAUCAUGAUCGUCUUCGAUCUGACGUUGGCGUUGCUAUUCUAGUAUUGUAUAUCCCUUGAUGUUUUAGAACCGACUAUGAAUUGAAUACAUAUCGAACCAUCAAAUACAUGGA